CCGAAAACCCAAAAACCUGACCGGAGGGGCUGGUCGAGCGUUCUCGGAGUUCUUGGAGCGUCUGCAAGCGAUUUUCGUCUUCCUUGUCGGAGCGAUCGGAUUUUGAUAUUGUCAUCAUAUCAUCGAGCGAGUAAUCUUGGUGCAACUGAGAUGGGCAGUUUGGAUGUGGGAUCUCUCAGUCUGUCAACAUCUCUGCAAGCAAGGUUUUCUCCACGACCAGCAUUUGCAGUUCGAAUGCUUGACAAUUGGUCUGCUGUUCAUAUGGAAUCCUGGAGGAAAUCAUCUCAAUUAAAGUCUGUAUUUGCAAAUUUUUAUCCAAGAUUGAUUUACCGUUCUUAUCAAACACAUAAGCUGAUGAUUAAAAGGCAUUCAUCAAUUUCUGAGGCAUUUAUGACAUCUGAAACAAAGGAAACAGCGAGUAAUGUCCUUGUUGGAAAUGAAAAACUUGGCGUAUUGUUACUCAAUCUUGGAGGUCCUGAGACCCUUGAGGACGUGCAGCCUUUCUUGUUCAAUCUUUUCGCAGAUCCGGACAUCAUUCGUCUUCCUAGGCUUUUUCGGUUUCUUCAGAAGCCAUUGGCGCAAUUUGUUUCUAUUGUUAGAGCACCAAAGAGUAAAGAAGGAUAUGCUUCUAUAGGAGGUGGCUCCCCGCUUCGGCAGAUAACAGAUGCACAGGCAGAGGAAUUGAGGAAGGCUUUGUGUGACAAAAAUGUUCCAGCAAAGGUGUAUGUUGGAAUGCGGUAUUGGCAUCCGUUCACUGAAGAAGCUAUUGAACAGAUCAAAAGGGAUGGCAUCACAAAACUUGUCGUUCUUCCUCUUUAUCCACAAUUCUCAAUAUCAACCAGUGGUUCAAGUCUUCGUUUACUAGAGAGUAUUUUCAGGGAGGAUGAAUAUUUAGUCAAUAUGCAGCAUACUGUCAUUCCCUCAUGGUACCAGCGUGAAGGAUAUAUUAAAGCCAUGGCAAAUCUAAUUGAAAAAGAGUUGGAAAAUUUUGAGAGCCGUCAAAAGGUUAUGAUAUUCUUUAGUGCCCACGGAGUUCCACUUGCAUAUGUUGAAGAAGCUGGGGAUCCAUACAAAGCAGAGAUGGAGGAGUGUGUGGAGUUGAUCAUGGAAGAAUUAGAGAGACGGCAUAUCACUAAUGCCUACACACUUGCUUACCAGAGUCGUGUUGGACCUGUGGAAUGGUUGAGGCCCUACACUGAUGAGACUAUUGCUGAGCUUGGACAGAAAGGGGUGAAAAGCCUUCUGGCUGUCCCCAUAAGCUUUGUAAGUGAGCACAUUGAAACUCUUGAAGAAAUUGAUGUCGAGUACAAAGAGUUGGCUAUGAAGUCUGGUGUGAGGAACUGGGGACGGGUUCCUGCACUAGGAUGUGAACCUACCUUCAUUGCUGAUCUUGCUGAUGCAGUAAUAGAAAGCCUUCCUUAUGUUGGAGCAAUGGCCGUCUCCAAUCUUGAGGCUCGUCAGUCAUUGGUACCCCUUGGGAGCGUAGAAGAGUUAUUGGCUGCCUAUGACACCAAGCGUGAAAAACUUCCUCCACCGGUGCUAGUUUGGGAAUGGGGAUGGACAAGAAGCGCAGAGACAUGGAAUGGCAGGGCAGCCAUGAUUGCUGUGCUUGGUUUGUUGGUCCUUGAAGUAACUACAGGUCAGGGCUUCUUGCACCAGUGGGGCAUCCUUCCCUUGUUCCACUAGUAACUAUGCCUACUAAAGCAUUCAUAUGACCACCAAAAAUAUAUUAUAAUGAUCCUUAUAAAAAAAAAAUUUAAAUCAUAAUGUUGGACAAGAUAACAAAAAUCAUCGUCUUCUCUAUUUAAUAAUCUCGAGUCUCCUCAAUAGGUCUGAAGUAACCAUAAGCUGGUUGUUAAUACCAUUCCUCCAUCAAGGAAAUAUAUAUCAAUCAUGCCAUCUAUUAGUUCGAGUCUGUGCAUCCUUUGUAUCAUAGUAUUUUCUUUUAAAGACGAUGAGAUCAUUUUGUAUAAUAUAAUAUUUUAUUGUAUCACAUUGGGCAAUCUAAAAUUUUCACCACUUGAUGUUAAUGAAUUUCAACUUUAAUCUUCAA